AAGGACCCCUGGAUUGGAGGGGGGGGGAGAGGAGUGUGCGCCUGCUGAGUGUCCGUGUGUGUGCGCCGAGGGGGCCGCUCUCCCUUCCCGUUGCCUUUUUAAGGCGCGGCCUCUCCUCCUCCUCCUCCUCCCGCUCCUUGGCUGCGUGUCCCUGGCCUCCCUCCCUCCCUCCCUCUUCUUCUUCCCGGCCGAGGACGCCUUUCGCUCCAGAGGACCGCAUCCGUCGCCGAGGGAGGGAGCGAGCGAGGGAGGGCGAGAGGAGGCGCUGAGCUCCCUCGGGCUUCGCUGAGCCUCCGCCAGCUGCUGCCUUCCUCGCCAUCCAUCCUUCCUUCCUUGCCUGCCUGGCUCUCCUUCUCUCCCGUGAUGUGAUGUGAGGGAAGGGGGGCAUCUCCCCAUCGGCCGCCGCCUCACGACGGAGCGUGCGGCGGAGCAGCGGGCCAAGGGCCGCGCCCCCAUGAAGAGCAAGGAGAAGGAGAAGGAGAAGGAGCCGGCCUCGGGCGGCAGCGCGGAGAGGGGCAAGCCGGCCACCUACACGGGGGACAAGAAGGCGCGCAUGGCGGCCAAGACCAACAAGAAGUGGGUGCGCCUGGCCACCGUCCUGGCCUACGUCCUCUCCGUCUCGCUGGCCGCCAUCGUCCUGGCCGUCUACUACAGCCUCAUCUGGCAGCCCGUGCGCGGAGGCGGGGCGCCCCACGGACAGCACAGGCCCCCCGGAGCGGGAGGGCACCUCGGCAGCCCCGCCACGCAGCCCCACGCCACCGGGCAGCCCGCCACGCCGCCGCCAGGGGAAGGCCUCGCCGCCACCGCCGUCGCCCGGGACCCCGGCAGCACUUUGGCGCCCUAGCGACGCCCCCUCCUCGCCCUCCUCCUCCUCCUCCUCCUCCCGCCCCACGGACGCCCACCGCCCGCCUCGCCUCUCCCGCCAGAGAGAAGCUGCCUCCAGGCCUCGGACUCCCGGACCCAAAGACACCAGGGACCGCUUUCCUUCUUGGCCUGCUGCUCUACAACUCCCCUCGCCUCCUCUCCCUUGCUUCCCUCACUCUCUGGGACCGGACCUUGGUUUGAGUUUUUAUUAUGAACCCAGGACCUAGUAUUUGGGCUCAGGUAUGUCUGGGACGCCGACCCUUCUGGAGGAGAAGCCCACCUGACGCACUUCUUAGUCCCAGGCCUUCGAAAAGGCGCUGUAGAUUCUAUAAUAUGUAUGUACCCGUAACGCGGAUUUAGAGAAGGAAUUGAAGUCUCAAGGGCUAUGUGGGGAACGUGGCUUUCUUGGAAGGCCAUGCUAUAGGGUUGGGUGGGGGGAAAUGGAAGGCUAAGGUCCCUGUUUGAGCCUAUACUUCAGGCAUGGGCAAACUUCGGCCAUCCAGGCGUUUUGGACUUCAACUCCCACCAUUCCUAGCAGCCUCACCCCGCCCAGCCACUUCCUAACACUUCAAACCCUUUCCUUUUCCCCCUCAGCCCUUCCUAACAGCCUCAAGCCCAUUCCUUUCCCCACUCAGCUGCUUAAGUGGCUGAGGGGGAAAAGGAAGGGGUUUGAGAUUGUUAGGAAUGGCAGGUGUGGAAGUCCAAAACACCUGAAGGGCCCAGGUUUGCCCCUGCCUGCUAUACUUGAUUACACAUCUGUUUGAAAGGUGUUCUCUUCUGUAAACAUGUUCAGAUAGACAUGGUUCCCCGAGAUGCUCAGGCCUUAUGACUGUAUUUCAUUAGGCUUUUAACCUUUGGGUUUUUUUCCUCCCCCUUAUCUUUUUUGAGACAAGUUGCAUCAUUUCAACACUCUCCUCUUUCUUAAUGUCUCCCCCUUGUCCAGUUUGGGGCUAAACCUUCAGAUUGAGAUCCUAAAUGGUGACAAAAGAUUUGGUUUCCAAUGCUCAGGCCUUGUGACUGUGGAUGUAGAAUUAAUGCAGUUUGACACUUCUUGAAUGGCCCAGGCUCAGUGAUAAGGAAUCGUGGAAGUUGUCGUUUUUGCAGCACCAGCACACUUGGACAGAGAAGGCUAAAGGCCUUAUAAAACGAUCCCCUCACCCCCACCAUUGCAUAGCAUUGAGCCUUGUUCGUCAAAGUGGUGUCAGACUGCACUAAUUUAAUAGAUUCAUCCUCUGUUUAAACAUUUGGGUUUUUAUGUGUUGUUGAAGGCUUUCAUGGCCGUGACCACUGGAUUGCUGUGAGUUUUCCGGGCUUUAUGGCCAUGUUCCAGGAACAUUCCCUUCUGACGUUUCACCCACAUUGAUGGAAACUAGGCAAGUAGGUUUAUAUAUCUGUGGAAUGUCCAGGGUGGGAGAAAGAACUCUUGUCUUUCCCCAGGCAGGAAGCUGCCAAGCUUUGAAGCUGCAAGGCUAUUCAAUGCUAAACAAGGUCAUCAAUUGCAACAUUCAUACUUGCCUCAAACAGACAGGAAUAGUUUCUCCCACCCUGAGCAUUCCACAGAUAUAUAAACCCCACUUGCCAAGUUUCCAACAAACCUCACAACCUCUGAGGAUGCCUGCCAUCAAUGUGGGUGAAACAUCAGGAGAGAAUGCUUCUGGAACAUUGCCAUACAGCCCAGAAAACUCACAACAACCCAGUUUGAGGUUUUUUCCACUUACCUUUUUCCAGGCAAACUGGGCCCCAAUUUGAUUCUCAUUCCAGGAUUCCAAUUCUAUCUCAGUUUUGUGUCCAAAGUCUUCAUUCUGUUCCCUUUAAUCCUAAAUAAGAAUAAAUCCUAUUUAUUUGGCUGAUUUUGGGGGUUUUUGUCUAGGUCUGUUUCCUCAACAGAACCACCAGGGAAUAAUGAAAGCAGUAGUCUUGGGAUCCUAUUGUCUAGGAAUCCCUUCAACCUCUCUCAUUUUUCGGAUGCUUGGAAUGACCUCUGGAACUUCCAGACAGAAAUAAAUUGGAUGUUUCCUGCUUGGCCACAAUUACUGCAAAUGUGAUUUGUACGUGCAGUCCCAGAAGUAGUUCCGGCAUUAAAUCAAGGGGAAUGUAGUUAGUGUGGCCUUUUCUAACCUGAUGUCUUCCAGAUGUGAUGGAAAAUAGCUGCCAUCAUCCCUCCAAACAUGAUGGGGUGUCUUGUCCAGCAUGUGUGGAGGGUGCCAGUUUGAGAAAGUCAGAGGCUGGAUCUGCACUGCCAAAUAAUGCAGUUUGAACUGUGUUAUAUAGUCAGUUCUAGAACCAUAUAAUGAAGUACAGUUCUGUUCAAACUGCGUUAUAUGGGUCUACACCAGGCAUGGGCAAACCUGGGCCCUCCAGGUGUUUUGGACUGCAACUCCCACAAUUCCUAACAGCCAGUAGACUGUUAGGAAUUGUGGGAAUCAUAGUCCAAAAUACCUGGAGGGGCCAAGUUUGUCCAUGCCUGGUCUACACACUGACUAUAUAAUGCAGUUCAAAUGUACUGCAACCACCCUCACACCAGGUAAUAGUUUCCCAACACCUGGAUAAGCCUAACCACUUGUCUGGAGGCUAUGCUGAAAACAAUGUCUUUUAAUUUUUCUUUAUCUUGCCUUUUGACUUUAAAAUAUGGUGGUGUUCCAGUUGAUGACAUGCCUGCUGAAGAAUGUACUAUAAAAAAGAGUAGAAUGUAGUUUAGAAGGCUGAAACUUAGGCAGAGUGGUGGUCUGGCUUAUUUUAUUUUAAUAUUUAUCUUCUCUGUGUCAGACUCAUAAAAUCUCAAGAUGAAAGCCUGGCUAUUUCCAACACAAAAAGGUGGUGGACACUUAGGAAGGUUUUCCCAUGCUGCAUUUUUCUACAAUCCUUUCAGUUUCACUGUGAGGAAAAGGGUCUUUGCAGAGAAUCUUGUAGUUCUUUACAUUUUCAUUCUGCUGACCCAUCUGCUUGUAUUACAUUUUUUCUUUGACUUUAAAGUGCUCCAAGACUUUGUUGAUGUUUUGGCUGAAACUGACUAAAAAUUGCUGCCUCUUUGGAUCAUGGGUGGUGUGAUGGAUUGCUUAUCUGCUUUUUUGACUGCUGUGAAUAUUAUGGGCUCUAUAGCUGUGAUGUACACCAGCUAUGUACACCCUAUGAAGUAGCCUUUAGCAUACUCCGCAGCAGUAGAUGGGAGCUUGGAAACACACAGCACAAUCGUAUACAUUUUUAUUAGAAGCAAGCCCCUUUGACUUUGGUGAGACUUCUUUCCUAGUUAAUAUAUAUAUAGGAUUGCAGCCUUACUAGCCAUGAGUACUAACAGCAACAUUACCUCAUGGAGCCAGUAUAGGACCAUGUCUUGCUUCUUAGAAGAAGCUCGGUAACCUAUUUUCAGUUGUUCUCUCCUUUGGUGAAUUUGGCAGUCUGCUCCCUUCUGCUCAGCUGUGUCAAAGCACUGUACUCACAAUUUCAAAAAAGCAGAUACUUUGCAAACAAAACAGUAUAAUAGACAUCUCUUAGGAGUCUUUUAGAAGGGAGGGCCACAAACCUUUGACAAAAGAUACAUGAUCUACCCCCCAUUUGUGUUAAUUCAAGUAAAUAGCAACAACAUGUACCCUUAAAAGGAUUUUUUUAAAAUAGGCUAUAUGGUUAAACUGCUGGUUGGGCAUAUUGAACAUGUAUUUUAAAAAAGUAUGCUUCUUCUUGGAUAUCAACGUCUUGGAAAGAAGGAAGCAAGUAUGGGCAAAAUGGCUUUAAUAUCAGGCGGCCAAGCUGUAUCCUUCUGUACGGUUAUCGCCAAAUGUCAGACUUGAUAAAUAGGUUUAGAUUUAAACUUGUGAACAUGCUCUAAUGUUGUCUAUAUCUAAAUCAGCCAUGUAAGCUGUCUGUAUUCAAAGUUCUGUAUAUUUUUUAAGAAAAAUAUUUUUAAGGUGACAAAAAAAUACAUUGAAAGAUUUCUGCCAAAAACUCAUGUGGUUUUAGACUUCUGCUUAUUUGGUGUUUAUUUUAAUUCUCAUUUCUUUGAAGAAUAUUCUCCUUUCCUGUAUGUUGAAGGCUGAGAAUGGGAAUAAUGUGCCAAUUUCAUUCCUGGUGAGCAAGCUGGGCUAAUUCAUUUAAUUCUGUAUAUGAACACUUUGGUUUCUAUGUUACUGCAGACCUCAGAAUGGGCGAAUGUAAACCUUUUAUAUAUCAGAGAAGGAUUCAAGGGGCAAAAUAGCUGCAUGGUAGCAUUUCAUCCAAGAGAAGAAUGUGUGAAGUUAUCUCAUAGAAGAGGUUAUCUCCAGACUACAGUGCUUACAAUUCCUUAGCAUUGGCCAAGCACUGCAUGGUAGUGAUUGAAUUAUUAAACAAAAACAUCUAGAGCAGGCUUUCUUGAACUUUUUGUCCUAGAGAAAUCCUUGAAAUAAUUUUGAGAUCUUGGGAAACCCAUAUAUAAAAACUGUUAUAUCAACAGCUUUAAAAAAAACAUUUUUCCUGAUCACAGAACCUCUAUCAAUGCCUUGUAAAAACCAGGGUUGUUGAGAAUUAUGACUGAAAAACCCUGAUCGAAAGGGUUACAUUUUCCUCACCUUGUAAUAAAGCAUCACUUAAUUUUAUCCUGCAGAUAAAGCCCCUAUAUUUAAAGAUGGUUUUCCAAACAUUUUGCAUGGUUCUGAUCUUUGAAGGCAUAACUGGAGAAAAUCCUGAAGGCACAACAAUUCCAUAUGCUAUACAAAUUCCUAUGUUAAAAGUACUUGUGUUUAGGAAUACCUGUGCAGUUCUGAAUCAGUUCAUACGUGUAAGUGUACAACUUUUUGUUUUACCUAUGAUAAUCACAUGAGAUUCUUUAUCUGCCUGUAAUAUCCUCUAUAGGAGAUAAGAAAGCUCUAAUCAUGGCAGUUUCUUUUAUUGGAAGUAGGAUUUGGCUGCUGUACAAUUUGAUCCUUUGAAGUUGGCAGAAACAAAUCUAUUGGGAAAUGCUGCCUAUAUUAACAGUCUGAACUAGAAGCGCACAAAAAAAAGGAUGGAUUGGGGAGGAAGGAAGCAGAUUUAUCCAAUUCAAAGAAAUUUCCAUUCAGUUGGAGCAGAACUCGUCACCCAAACAGUACGUUUUCUGACUCCUAGCAUCCCCAAGCUAUUGUGGCGAGCAUCGACUGGGGCUACAGGGAAUUGCAGUUCAAAAAGCACAUUUUCUAAGAUCUGAUGCUAGAAAUUUGGCUCAGGGAAAUAUGAGUUCCUGAGAUCCCAUGUGACUAGGAGCCGUUCUACUGACUUGCAAUUUGCUUUGUUAUUUUACAAAAUAUAUUUAAAGGCUAAAAUAGAUUUUGCUGGAACUUCCUGUAAUUAGGUGUUCCACAGAGGUAGUGGGUUUUUUUAAAUUUUCAUUUGUUUUUUAGGGAUGGGAUGAGCUUUGUUAGUUUAUACAGUAUGCCUUCAUAUAAACCAACUAAUUUUGGAUUUGAUAUCCAUGGUUUCUCUUACUCAUGCUCAAAGACCCACCCCCUGCAGAAUUGUUUGUGGGCCCUUCUAGAUCCCCCAAUGCAGUUCUAUGAUGCUUUUAGACUAAGUGCAGCAAAAAUGUAAAGUUCACUAUCCAUGGCUUCAGGUAUUCAUGGGGGAUCUUGGAAUGUAUCCCCUAUGAAUAUGAGGGUCAUGCUGUACACAGGAACCCUAGGGUUUUCUUGGCCAGAAAGAGGAAAAUUUUCCUUGCCUUUUCACUAAUCCUGACCCAUGCUUUCUUUUUUCAUCAUAGAGUUAGUGCCUUUCCAAGCACUACUUGCUAAAGUCAAUGAAAGAAAAAGAGUAAGGAAUUGAAUCCAAACACUGCUCUGUAAUGUCCCCACUUUUUCAUGACUGUGUAAGGGAGAAUCUUUUUCUACAUGUUCUAGCCAAGGCACUUCUUAGAAAAGGAUACCUCUCCCACGGGGACAAUUUGGCCGGAGAGUCCUGUUAAACCAUUGUAAACGCAUCACCAAUGAACCGUUUUCCUUUUUGAUAUUCCAGAGAAAAAUUAAUUCCAUGUGCGUUCCAGCGCUCUUUCCCCAUAAUUCUACACUGCUUGAUGAUGGAGUGGUGGUUCAUGGGGGUUUACACAUGUAUUUCUGGCUUUCAGGUUAAUAGAUCUUAUUAUAGAAUAAGAUAGGAGCCCCGGUGGUUAAGUGCGUUAAAGCACUGAGCUGGAGACCGAAAGGCCCCAGGUUCAAACCCCGGGAGCGGCGUGAGCGGCCGCUGUUAGCUCCAGCUCCUGCCAACCUAGCAGUUUGAAAACAUGCCAAUGUGAGUAGAUCAAUAGGUACUGCUCCAGCGGGAAGGUAACGGCGCUCCAUGCAGUCAUGCCGGCCACAUGACCUUGGAAGUGUCUACGGACAACGCCGGUUCUUCGGCUUAGAAAUGGAGAUGAGCACCAACCCCCAGAAUCGGUCACGACUUGACGUAAUGUCAGGGGAAGCCUUUGCCUUUUAUAGAAAUAAUAAUAAUAAUAAUAAUACUUUAUUUAUAUCCUGCCACCAUCUUCCCACGGGGACCCGGGGCGGCUCACAUGGGGCAAGGCCUGGUCAACAUAGUUCACAAAAGUAACAACAUGAAUACAUUAGCAAGAAUAUUGAAAGACAUGCCAUACCAGGGAAGUGUAGAAAGGUUACUGGUGAUAAUGGUAUUAAUAAUAACAAUUUUUUAUUUCUAACCUGCCUUCUCUCCCCAAAGGGACUCAGGGCUUCCAAAUUCAAAUGCAAAAAUUCAGUGCCACAUACAAACAUAAAAACACAGCACAAUAAAAUAACAAAUAAAUCAUAGUUAAAAGGGCAAAUAAAAUAGACACUAUGGGGCGCAUAAAUGGUCAGGCCUCAAAGUGCAAUAGCAAUAAGUACUGUUUAAGUAUAAAAUCUAGGAAUAUAAAAUAUAAAUGUAAAAGUGGUGAUGUGGAGAUCAGUACAGUAUAAUUGUUGUUUAUUUUUAAAUUUUAUUGGCAACCUUCUCCUGGACAACUCUUCUAGGCUCAUAAGCAACUCAAUUCCCUCUCAUUUCCCUUCAGUUUGCUACUGAAUUGCUGGUGUUGGCUGAUAACCAGGCAUUCAUCGCUUCUCUGUUGGUAUCAUGAACAAGUUUGACCAUAUCACAAGUCAACUUACCAAUGUCAAGGCAGAAUAUUGUUCUAAAAACCAAGGAGCCCAGGAAGUAUCCUGGGAGACAGGUAGCCAAGUAUCUUUUAGGGACAUCUCUGCUCUUACUUUGCAUAAGACAAUUUCACAUCCAGUAGAACAGUGGGCGCACCAAUGGGGUGGUGGGGGGAUGAUGCAUGAGACAUGUAUUAGUGCCAAGUAUGAUAUGGUUCACCAAAUUUUGUUACUGUGUGCCUCCAAGUUGUUUCUGAUUUAUGCCAACCCUAAGAUGAACCUAUCCCUGGUUUUCUUUUCAAGAUUUGCUCAGAGAGUGUUUGGCUUGCCUUCCUAUGAGGCUGAGAGUGUUUGACUUGCUCAAAGCCGCCCAAAGAUUUCCUUGACUUUGGUCCAACACUGAAAUGAUUGCACUACUCUGGCCAUCAUUUUAGGUAUUUAUUAGUAAGGAACAGAUUUUGAUGACAUCUGCUUCUAUGAACUAGAUCACUUUUUUUACAAGAAAUAUAGCUAAAGACUAUCUGUUGGGUUUCAGAUAUAAGAUAUAAUCUGAGAUAUUUGUUACGAAUUUCCUGGCUGUUUCAGAUGAUGAAACUAAUUAAAGAUUUUCUUGACUCUU